UGCAUGUCGGUACUUGGGUGACACUAGAGCAAAGAGGCGCUGAAUGAGUGAAUUCUUGUGUCCCAAGAGGGUGGAGGAAUCUGCACGGGAUAGCAGGUCCCCUCCCAAAUCGCUGCUCCCGCAUCCAUCCAUCCCCUCUACCGUUGUUUCUGCGUCAGAUGAUGCGCAGGCGCCCCUCCCUAUAAAAGUACCUGCGUGGAACUCGAUCACUGCACGCACAGCGCGCUUGAACUCACUUUGUGUCUCACACUCGCUCCACUUUUACGGCUCGGCACGCACCAGCAAGUGGCUAAGAAAACAUGAGCUACUCAAGUGAAAUGUAUAGCAGCAGUUCCUAUCGGAAGAUAUUCGGCGAUGCCCCGCGUGCCGGGCGUGCGGGGAUGAUCAGUAGCAUCAGCAGCAGCCCGUCCCGUGUGCACUCCUCGGGGUACCGCAGUCGCACCUAUGGCUCCCCCGCGGUCAUCUCGUCCAGCAGCUACCGCAGGAGCGCCGCGCCCGGUCGCGUCUUCUCCUCGUCCAUGCAGGACUCCCUGGUGGACCUGAGCCAGUCCACGGCGGUCACCAACGAAUUCAAAAUCAUACGAACCAACGAGAAGGAACAACUGCAGGGGCUCAACGACCGCUUCGUGUCCUUCAUCGAGAAAGUGCACAACCUGGAGCAGCAGAACAAAGUUCUCGAGGCGGAGGUGACGUUGCUGCGGCAACGCAACAACGAGCCGUCGCGCCUUCACGAGCUCUACGAGCAGGAGAUCCGCGAGCUCCGCGCGCGCGUCGAGGAGCUGACCCAGGAGAAGAACCAGAUGCACCUGGACUGCGUCCAGAUGAACGACGCUCUGGAGCGCCUGCGGGAGAAGCUCGACGAGGAGACCAGGUUGCGGGAGGAGGCGGAGAACACCUUGAAGGGCUACCGCAAGGACGUGGACGACGCCACCUUGGCGCGCCUGGAGCUCGAGAAGAAAGUCGAGUCGCUGCUGGAUGAGAUCGCUUUCCUGAGGAAAGUUCACGAGGAGGAGCUGCAAGAGAUGCAGUCGUCCCUGCAGGCCACGCAGGUAUCAGUGGAGAUGGACAUGAGCAAACCGGACCUGGCUGCAGCUCUGAAGGACAUCAGGGCUCAGUAUGAGAACCUGUCAUGUAGGAACCAGGCCCAGGCAGAGGAAUGGUAUCGUUCCAAGUUUGCAACGGUGACCGAGGCCGCUGCUCGCAACCAGGAUGCCAUCAAGCACUCCAAGGAGGAGCUGACCGAGUACCGCAGGCAGGUGCAAGCCCGCACCCUGGAGAUUGAGGCCCUCAGGGGCCAUAAUGAGGCCCUCGAGCGGCAGAUUGCUGAGAUGGAGGAUCGUCACAACAAUGAAAUUGGAGACAUGCAGGACACCAUUCAGCAGCUGGAGGCUGCACUGCGCAGUACCAAAGGAGAAAUGUCCCGUCACCUGCGCGAAUACCAGGAUCUGCUCAAUGUCAAAAUGGCACUUGACAUUGAAAUAGCCGCUUACAGGAAACUGCUGGAAGGCGAGGAGUGCCGCCUCAGCUCCAUCGGUGGUGCCAUGGUGCAGUCCGGUUACCCCGGCUUCUCCUACAUGUCGUCCCGCACGUACUCCCUGGGAGCCUACAGGAAGUCCAAACCAGAGGAGGAGGAAGAGGAGGGAGAAGAAGAGGAUAAGCAGGACGAGGUUGAGGAGAAUGAGGAGGAGGGAGAGGAUGACGACGAGGGAGCCGACCAGGAGGGAGGUGAUGCUGAGGAGGAUGAGGAGGAAGAAGAGGAGGAGAAGCCAAAAGGGAAGGAUGAGAAGCAGAAGAAGAAGGAGAGCCCCACUGAGAAGACCAGCAAGAACUAAACUGCUUGUGUAGUUUCUUCUUCUUCAUCAUCAUCAUCAUCAUUUCUCAUUGCUCCUGCUUGUAAGCUAUAGUGACGAAUUACACACGCACGCAUGCGCGCUUGCACAAACACACACACACACACCUUUCUAUUUUUCUGUCGGUUUCGUCUCUUUGCGAGGUGUUCCUGUAAAAGAUGAUGAAUUUAGAUGGCGGUAGCUGAAUCAGCAUCUGAAUGAAAUGCAUCUACACUUGAUCAGAUAGUAUCAGGACGUAAAGAGAUCAUUUUCUCUACGAAAGCAAUUGAUGUGCCAAUCACAACCAUUAAGAAAAAUCAAACCCUCAAAAUAAAAACUGCACAUACCAUAGCACACAUUUGAAGACAAAUGCACAAAGCAUGACACGAAAAGCCAGUCCAACUUUUACGGUGCUAUUAGAUUUUGACAGUUAAAAGUUGACGGCCUGGCCUUUUAUUUUUGGGGCGUGGGGGCAAUAGUAGUAGUACCAGCUCACUGCGUAACAUCCGCUUGUCAUUCUGGAUUGUAAAGCAGAAUGAAUUGCUUCCAUUUGGGUCCAACCUUGUAUGUCCCACAAUUAAAGAGCGAUCUUCCUCCCUGGUAUCAGUGUCGCGUCCUCAUCACGCUAUACAAUGUGAAAACAAAACAAAAGUCAGCAUUUACAGUCGACCAUUCGUAGCCAUUUACCUUUUUGUCUUUUCAUCCCAAUGCCAAAAUGCAGCAAUGAUUGCUACUCAUAUAGUAUACAUACUUUCUGGUGUGUUUAUUUGCUUGAAUGAAGAAGUUGGUCAGACCAAACUGUCUGUGUGUGCAUAUUCAAAAAACGAAACGGAGUGAAACACAAACCACAUGUACAGUUUAUCGUUACAUGUCAUUUUUCAAGUAUGUUCCUUCGAUUUAUUUACCCGCUUCCUUUCUGUUCUUUCUUUCUUUGUGAGAACCAACCGAGUUGAAGUGUGUUUGUCAAAAAAUCAUGGUCGUAUUUUUGUUGAAUGUAACGUUGUGAGCAUGGCUGAGUGGCAGGCAGCUGACAGUGACACUGACAGCCCUCCACUCAGACUGCAAGUGGCAGAUGGUUCAUGAUUCGAUGGGACGUCCAAGGGCUAUUUUCAUCUCAACCUUUUAUUGUUGUUGUUGUUUUACUCCAAUCUCAAGUGUCAGUCACGGCACCGUUCAUCAUGUCCCACUUGCUUGCGCCUUGCUACCUUCUCCUUGACAAAUGAAUGAAACGAUGCAUGGCCUGAUUCUCAGAGCUUGAAUACUGCACCCAUGGUUGCUAAUCAUUAUUUGCUUGUUGUGUGUUCAAUUUCAACUUGCCUUAACCAUAACUGAAACUAUAAACUACAACACAGCCUCACCCGCUGUCGUACUUAACGCUGAGGUAGAACAGGAGUACUGACACUUUCCCAGUUCAUCUGCUUUGUAAAUAACUGUGACUGUACAUGCUGCUAGCUAAUGCGCAGAGAUAUUUCUCUCAAAGCCAAAUAAAGCCAUUUAUGAUCCAAA